UCGCUCGCGGAGACACUCCUUAGUAGCAGACAUUUGUCUGCGUCCUUUCGUUGAACCACCAAGGUCUCCUUACUGGCUUGCGGCUUCCUUACGCCUGCCAGUUGCCACUCCUUCGACAUGGUGUUUAAGCCUCUCACCAUCGCUGCGGCGGUAGCCGGUCUCACUCCUUAUGUGUCUGCUUUCGAUGCCCAGGCAAAGUCCAACGUUGCCGUCUACUACGGUCAAGGAUAUGGUCAACAAAGAUUGAGCCACUUCUGCCAGGAAACUUCGUUGGAUAUCAUCAACCUUGGCUUCAUCAAUACUUUCCCGGACCAGGGACCUGCCGGGUGGCCGGGUAGUAACUUCGGCAAUCAGUGUGAUGGCCUAACAUAUGAAGUUGACGGCGUCUCAACGGAGCUUCUUUCUGGUUGUCACCAAAUUGCAGAAGAUAUUCCCAUCUGCCAGGAAGCAGGAAAGAAGGUUUUCCUGUCCCUGGGUGGUGCCUCCCCGGAUAACCAGCAGAUUCUGUCAGAUGCCUCUGCUGUUCAAUUCGCCGAUUUCCUCUGGGGUGCCUUCGGUCCGCAGACGGAGGAAUGGGUGUCGAAUGAUGGCCCUCGUCCUUUUGGUGAUGUUGUUGUCGAUGGUUUCGAUUUCGACAUUGAGCACAACGGCGGUUUUGGAUAUGCGACUAUGGUCAAUCGGUUCAGAGAGCUCUUCGCUUUGGUCCCGGAACGUACCUUUUACAUCUCUGGUGCCCCCCAAUGCCCGAUACCCGACCCUCAACUCAGUGAUGCGAUUGCCCAAUCCCCCUUUGACUUCGUUUGGGUGCAAUUCUAUAACACUGCUGGCUGUGCCGCUAGUGACUCUAUCAAUGGUGUCAGCACCGGCUUCAACUUUGACGGCUGGGUGGAUGUCAUCAAGCGUGGAGCCAACCCGGACGCAAAGCUCUAUGUGGGAUUGCCUGCCGGUCCCGCUGCAGCAGGAACUGGAUACUAUCUGACCCCGGAGGAAGUCUACCCUCUGGUGAAUGUGUAUAUGAACCUCUACCCGGACACGUUUGGAGGUAUCAUGCUUUGGGAAGCAACGGCUUCGGAUGAGAAUACGUUCAAUGGGCUCACAUUUGCCGACUUAAUGAAAGACAUCCUGGUUGCAGUUGAUCCUUCGCCACCGGUUCCCAGCCCUUCGUCUAGCAGUGCUAUCGCUUCAAGCACACCUGCGGCGUCGAGUACCCCUGUUGCGUCAAGCGCUCCUGCUUCAUCCACCUCGACUUCGUCAAGCAGUCCAGUUCCGUCAAGCUCUGCUGUUUCCACUCCCACGGUUUCGAGUACAACCGAGUCUUCCAGUACUCUUGUGGUGUCAAGCAGCGUCUCUGCGUCAAGUAGCCCUAUCGCAUCAAGCCCUGUGGCGUCUAGCUCUUCAAUUCCGUCCAGCACUGCUAUUGCCUCCAGCACUCCUGUGGCAAGCAGCGCGCCCGUGACCACCAGUGCCGCUGGUGCUUCCAGCUCCCUGAUUGUCCCUAGCUCCCCGGUUGCCUCUAGCCCUGCUGUUCCCUCCAGCUCUGCUGUUACAUCUAACACUCCUGGGGCCUCCAGCUCUGUUGUCGCCUCCAGCUCUGUUGUCGCUUCCAGCUCUGUUGUCGCUUCCAGCUCUGUUGUCGCUUCCAGCUCUGUUGUCGCUUCCAGCUCUGUUGUCGCUUCCAGCUCUGUUGUCGCUUCCAGCUCUGUUGUCGCUUCCAGCUCUGUUGUCGCUUCCAGCUCUCCUAUUGUGUCAAGCAAACCGACAGCAUCUAGCUCUGCUAUCCUUUCCAGCACCCCUGUGGCAUCCAGUGCCCCCGCUGUCUCUAGCUCUCCUACUGCAUCUGGAUCCACUAUUGCGUCCAGCUCUGCUAUUGCGUCCAGCUCUGCUAUUGCGUCCAGCUCUGCUAUUGCGUCCAGCUCUGCUAUUGCGUCCAGCUCUGCUAUUGCGUCCAGCUCUGCUAUUGCGUCCAGCUCUGCUAUUGCGUCCAGCUCUGCUAUUGCGUCCAGCUCUGCUAUUGCGUCCAGCUCUGCUAUUGCGUCCAGCUCUGCUAUUGCGUCCAGCUCUGCUAUUGCGUCUAGCAAGCCAGUAGCAUCUAGCUCUGCCAUCGUUUCCAGUACUCCGGCGGUCAGCACCCAUGUGGCAUCCAGCACUCCCGUUGUCUCUAGCUCUGCUAUUGCAUCCAGCUCUCCUGUUGCGUCUAGCACUCCGGGAGUAUCUAGCUCUCCUGUUGUGUCAAGCACCCCAGCAGUAUCAAGCAUCCCUGCUGUCUCGAGUUCUCCUGUGGCAUCGAGCACUCCUGCCAUGUCAAGCAGCCCGUCUGCAUCAAGCACCCCCAUCAUUCCAAGCUCAGCUGCCAGUUCUGCCGUUGCAUCGAGCUCUCCCAUUCCUUCGAGCUCCAUUGUAAGGUCGAGCACUCUGCUUCAUUCCAGCUCACCGGCUCUUUCGAGCACUCACACCUCCAGCAAUCCUGUGGUGCCAAGCAGUCCAGCCAUUUCCCUCACUCCUUCAAGCACGCCUGUCCGUUCAACUUCAUCUGUUGCCCCAGGAAAGUCAUCCAGUGUCCCUAUCAUUUCCAAGCCAUCCUCCACGGUUGUUGCGAGUUUCACCAGUUCUUCUGGGUCAUUGCCCUCUUCCAGCGCUUCUGCUGGGACCGGGGUUCCAUCAUCUACCCUGUCACAUCCUUCUAGCACACCGUUGCUGUCAAGCUCACCUGUCAGCUCUGCCGAGCCGGUCUCUUCAAGUUCUGCUGUAGGAUUCAGCGUGGGUUCCUCGUCCAGUGUGGUCCCUGAAGUGUCGACCAGGUCAAGCUUGUCGGGUUUUCCCUCUAGCACGCCCAUCGCAUCGGUUUCGGGAACAACAACCGUGUCUGUUACUACUUCGUCAAGUGGAUCGGGCAGUCCCACCGUGUCAAGCUCUGUGAACACGUCGAGCACAGAUGCUUCAACACGUGCUUCUGCCACUUCCGUGGAGUCUACUUCCUCGGGAUCGGUGAUUACAUCGGUGACCCCAUCCGGCGCCCCUCAUGCGUCAAGCUCCACCAGCUCCGUUGUUACCACCAUCUCAUCGGUGCCUUCUGACAGCUCGUCCUCGUCUGGUAGUGAAAUAACAUCGAGCACCGAGUCUGCUAGCUCAACAUCAGGCCAGACUGGAGCGAAAACAACUUCCGUUUCUUCAGGCAGCUCGGGAGCAGCCAGCACCUCAACCUCCGGUGCCGCUGCAAAUGGCUCGGGUGCUCAGGACAGCACCAAGACUACUGAUCACGCCAGCACCUUUUCCUCGUCGUACUCGACUCCCUUGGCCAGCAUUUCAAGACAAACAGACGGCGCAACUACCGUUCCAACUGGUGUACCGACUGGCAACGGCAGUGGACUCGCUCCGAUUACUUCCAGCAUCACAUCUGCCCCGGUGGUACCUUCGGUCACGUCCAGUGGCUCGGAGUCGGAGCCCACCAUCACUACCACGGUCAUUGUGACUUCUUACAUUGACAUCUGCCCCGAAGGGUUCACCACGAUCACCACGACUUAUACCACUACCUACUGUCCUGCAACGGCGUCUGCCACAGCCACCGUCACCAACCCUCCCGGCGCUCCAGCGCAGACCACUAGUCCCAGCGUCCCUGAGGGCUGGACGACGACUGUGACCGUAUGCACUCACUGCGCUCCCACACCGACUACUGUCACUCUUACUUUGCCGGCCACCAAUCGGCCAUCAGGGCUGGCGUCCUCGACCAGCGCACCGAACUCUCCUGAAGACUGGACCACUACGGUCAGUGUCUGUACCGAUUGUGGCCCUACACCUACCACAGUCACGGUCACGGUUCCCGUCAGCGCUGCCACAGGUGUCGAUGCUUUGACUGCCAAUCCUUCCGGCAGUCAGUCUACCGGAGAGAGCUCGCCCGGCCAAAGUGCCCCUACAGCCCCUACAGCCCCCGCGUCAACAGCCCCCACCACGACUGCGACGGUCAUUGUGGCCCCGAGCCAAUCGUCAACCAGCCAGCCGGUAAUUCUUGGAACCGGCAGCGUCCGUGCCUCAUCGACCUUCCAUAUCCAGCCAUCCCAGAGCGGAUCCCGAGUGCCUGUGGCUCCCAGCGGCACGGCCGCCGGCGUGUCGCCCGUAUUCACCGGCGCGGCUUCACGGGUGUCACAACUGCAACACGGUGCAGGUGCAGUGUCAGCGUUUGCGCUGUUCCUCUUGGCAGCCAUCUAG